GAGAAAUGGCUUUUGUUUCUGUGAAUAACUUCCUGUUUAUUAUUUGAGGGCAGCAGAAAACUGUCCGACUUGACCACAAUUGUAUCCCCUGGCGAUGCUGCCUGCUCUCGCCUUUCCAGACGAAGCCAUGUUUGUCUCGAGCUAACCUAUUAACAUUUUAUUUUCGGUAUUUUUAUAUCCGAGCCAGUGUUGUAAUUUGUCUACGUUUCGUUUUUUAUUACAACAAAUAUCUUCUAUUUGUUGACUUCCUGUUUCGAGUUCGCGAUGUACUCAUACUACUUCCGGGUCAGUGCUCUCUCUCUCUCGCUCUCUACAGCAUGGUUUUCGGAUUUUUUUCCCCCCACCAUGUGUUACUAAAAAUUGGGAACUAAAAUGAGUUCUCAGAAAGGUAAUGUAUCUCGGUCGCGACGCCAGAAGCACGCAAACAGUUUUGCCUUCAAAAACGACAAGUACGGAGCGACUGUACAAGUGAAGAAGGCAAAAUCAAAGAUCCACGAUGGGCUAUGUCUACAUUGUAAGGGGGUUCUUGAGUGGAGAGUGCAGUACAACAAAUACAAGUCUCUGACGCAGCCUAAAAAAUGUGUCAAGUGUUCUCAAAAGACCGUGAAGGAUGCGUAUCACGUCAUGUGUAAGCCCUGUUCCCUUCAGCUGGAGAUCUGCAGCAAGUGUGGGAAGAAAGAGGACAUUGUUAUUCCAAUAAACUCACAAGAAGGCCAGAAGGAGGAGGAGGAGGAGGAAGAAGAAGCAAAGGGUGACGAUGAACAGAAAAAGAAAGGAAGUGGAAGAGGGAAGAAGGACGUGGAUGAUUUGGACAGUGAUGAUAAUGAUGAUGAUGAUGACUUAAGUGAAGUAGGAGAUGAUGAUGAUGAUAAGGGAGAGGACUGCGCUGAUGACUCAGAACCAAAGAAGACAUAGAACCGGUCCUAUGUACUCCCAGGUGUUUAUGUAGGCAACGUUAAAGAAUGAAGACAGUAAAAGAGGAUAGGGUUGUUGUUUUUUAUUUUUUACAUUUUUACAAAACAAGAUUUCUAAUCAAAGUACAGUACGAUGUUUAAGACUGGACCCAGCUCCAAAUGAGAUACUGCAAAUCAACACGUGGUUUGAUGGCGCACCUGGAGAAUGAGCUAAUGUUCCACUGGGGAGGUUGAGGAGCCAGAAUAGCUGUAUUAUAUAAUGUCCAUUCCCUAAACAAUGCCACCUGGAUGUGUACAUGUUAUUGUAUUGUAAUAAACACCUGUACAGUGUGUACAUUCA